GGAAGGUGGCAGUGUGUGCAAGGGCCGUUAGUGACAUGGUGCAGCAUGGUAACGGUGGAAUGGAACGGUGGAAUGGACAAGAGCUGGUGGUGACAAGACCACACCAGAGUGCUCGGUGCAUGCAACGAGACAGGACACGCCAGAGCGGUGCUGUGAGGAGCCCCCGCACAGCACACUCGUUUGUAUGUGACCCGGAGCUUCUCUGAGCCAUCAUUCCUGCAGGUGACCUCAAGGCCAGACUGCAGGACUUGGUGACCUGUGGCCUUGCCGAGGCUUAUCUUCUUAAGGUGCCCUCAAGGGCAGACAGUGGGACUUCCUGCCUCGGAGCUUUUCCGAGGCAUCGCCCAUCCCUGCAGUCACUGCCCUUGAGACCUUGGCACAAUGCUUGAGGAGGAGCCUCCUGUCCUUGUGGCAGGAGCCCUCAAGACCCAAGUGCAAGACUUGCUGUCCUGCAGUCUUGCCAGGACUUGAGUCUUGCAGUCUUGCCAAGACUUGAGUCUUGCAGGUGCCUUCCAGGCACGACUGCAGGACUCCCUGCCUCGGAGCUUUUCUAAAGCCAUCUCUCUUGCAAGUACCAUAAAUCCAGGCACUGCCAUGGAGCAGCAACCCCCAAGAGUUUCCAAGCUGGCCUGGGUGCAGGAGAAGGAGGAAGAAGAAGGCCCUGGAGCUGCCCCAGAGGUAGAGACUGAAGAGAUGCAGGAAUUCCAGCCGCUGGAGGAGGGAUGGGAGAGUGUUGGAGAAGAUCUGGAGCAGCAACCCCCAAGAGUGCCCAAGCUGGCCUGGGUGGAUGAGGAAGAGCAGCAGGAGGAGGAGGAGGAGGAAGAAGGUCCUGGAGCUGCCCCAGAAGUGGAGACUGAAGAGGUGCAGGAGUUCCAGCCACUGGAGGAGGAUGUAGCCGUGGAACAGACACAAGAGCAGGACCUUGCCUGUGGCCUCUUCCACAAAACACCUGCACAGGAAGAGACUAGCGUCAUGGGCACUGGGUCCAUGGAAGAUGGUGACGUCUACACCAGCGACACCAGUGCUGCCAUGCUGGAAUUCAUUUUGGAGGAGGGUGUUUCCAUUCCAGAGCAAGUAAGCAGCCUGUGGCCAGG